UUUUCAGUAUCCUUUAACUUGGGUUUCACAGAAAAAACUCAAAACAAUUUGCUAAUGUGUACAUCAAAAAGCCAAUAAAACAAUGGGAAAGCAUUAAAGUGAUUUGAGACAGCAGUUUCCUCAUUAUCAGGGCAGGAAAAAAAAGGGGGGGAAUCACUAGGCAGGCCAAGAGAUCACAAAUGCAAGACUAGAAAUAAUAGAUCUUGCUCUAAACUGCAAAGGCAGUCAGCCUUGACUUUCCAUGGUACAAAUAAAGGUCAUGGACUUUAGAAUAUAUCAGCAGUUGUCAGAAAUUUCAGUUUUAAAAAAUUACAUGUGUGGAGUAGUCAGAUUUAGGGGGAAAAAAAUACAAUACAGAAGAGUAACUGCAAGACCAAAAUGAUCUAGCUUGAAUUUUUAUGGCAUUUAAUGUUUUCAAAGGUGCUUUCACAUAAACUUUUAUUUUAUCCAUGUAAUAGCCCUGUGAGGAAGUAAAGUAUUAGCAAAAUCGUUUUUGAAACUUUAAAUCCUUAAUAGGUGAGGAAAAAAGUUGAUAGACUCAGAGAAAUGAUAAAAAAAAGAUUGUCACUGAAGAAGAGUAGCACAGAGCAAGUGGGAAAAGCUGAAGGCCAGAGGAUGGGCAAAGGAGAAAAGAACCCCUAACCUGGCAGGGGAAACAGUGUUAAUCGGAAAACAGGUGCAAAGAAGCUGGAGGGCAGGAAAUUUGGGAUUAGGAAACCGAAAUUUAUUUAUCCAAAGAGGAUGAAUACGGUCAAAGAUGAAGAGAAAAAAGUGGGGCGCACGCACUUAAAGCUACAUGGGAGUUCAGUGGGGCUAAUAUUAUCCCUCAGGCCCACUACCAUAGGGUUGGGCCCCAGGUUGAGGAUAACGCCGAGGAGAGUCCCUGAAGAAGCAGGCGGGAAGACCGCAGAGCCGGGUGGGCGUUCACGCAGGACUAACAAAGGCCGCGGGGUGCUCUGCCCCAGCCACGCAUCCUGCGGGGGCCGAAGGGUUAACUGCGCGCUCGACUCCCGCGUGCAUCCCGGCCCCCACUCCCGCGGUCGCUAGGAGACGCCGGAUGUGGGGGAGGGGCGGGCGGCGCGACCAAGGGUGGGAACCUUUUUCGGGCUCCCGGGGGUGGAGGGAGAGGAGCGCGCGUGCGCGCGCCGGGCCGGCCGUCGCCGCGGUGACCGUCCUCCGAGUCCAUCGGCUCGCGCCCCGCCCCCGUUCCCGCUGCCCCCUCCCCUGUCGCGCGCGCGCGGGGGGUGUUUCUCGCUCCUCCCGGGUUGCCGCCGCCGUCGCCUCGGCUCCUCCUCUCCUAGUCUUGGGUUUCCCUGGCGCUACUGCCGCCGCUGCCUCUGCGGUCUGUAUGAGGAGGAGGAUGUGAAGAUGGCGGAGCUGCAGAUGCUGCUGGAGGAGGAAAUCCCGGGGGGCCGCCGGGCCCUCUUCGACAGUUACACGAAUCUGGAACGGGUGGCCGAUUACUGCGAGAACAACUACAUCCAGUCAGCGGAUAAGCAGCGAGCCCUAGAAGAAACCAAAGCCUACACCACCCAGUCCUUAGCAAGUGUUGCCUAUCUGAUCAAUACCUUGGCCAACAAUGUCCUGCAGAUGCUGGAUAUCCAGGCAUCCCAACUACGAAGGAUGGAGUCUUCAAUCAAUCACAUUUCACAAACCGUUGAUAUUCAUAAAGAGAAAGUUGCAAGAAGAGAAAUUGGUAUUUUGACUACCAAUAAAAACACUUCAAGGACACAUAAGAUUAUUGCUCCAGCCAACCUUGAACGACCAGUUCGAUAUAUUAGAAAACCUAUUGACUAUACAAUUCUAGAUGAUAUUGGACAUGGAGUAAAGUGGUUGCUUAGAUUUAAGGUGAGUACCCAGAAUAUGAAGAUGGGUGGGCUGCCGCGUACAACACCACCAACACAGAAGCCCCCCAGCCCCCCGAUGUCAGGCAAAGGGACACUUGGGCGGCACUCCCCCUAUCGCACACUGGAGCCAGUGCGUCCUCCAGUGGUACCAAAUGAUUACGUACCUAGCCCAACCCGUAAUAUGGCUCCCUCGCAGCAGAGCCCUGUGAGGACAGCUUCUGUGAAUCAAAGAAAUCGAACUUACAGCAGCGGGAGUAGUGGAGGAAGCCACCCAAGUAGUCGGAGCAGCAGUCGGGAGAACAGUGGAAGUGGGAGUGUGGGGGUUCCCAUCGCUGUUCCUACUCCCUCUCCUCCCAGUGUUUUUCCAGCCCCCGCUGGCUCUGCUGGUACUCCACCCCUUCCUGCUACUUCUGCAUCUGCCCCCACCCCUCUUGUUCCUGCAACUGUCCCUUCUUCCACUGCCCCAGAUGCUGCCGCUGGGGGUGCCCAGACCCUUGCUGAUGGCUUCACUUCUCCAACUCCCCCUGUUGUUUCUUCCACUCCCCCUACAGGUCAUCCUGUUCAGUUCUACAGCAUGAAUAGACCUGCCGCUCGCCAUACACCCCCAACAAUAGGGGGCUCCUUGCCCUAUAGACGCCCUCCUUCCAUCACUUCACAAACAAGCCUUCAGAAUCAGAUGAACGGAGGACCUUUUUAUAGCCAGAACCCAGUAUCUCUUGCUCCUCCUCCUCCCUCCAUCCUACAGGUAACUCCUCAGUUACCUUUAAUGGGAUUUGUGGCCAGAGUCCAAGAAAAUAUUUCAGAUGCACCACCUCCACCGCCACCUGUGGAAGAGCCAGUCUUUGAUGAAUCCCCACCACCACCGCCGCCUCCAGAAGAUUACGAAGAAGAAGAGGCAGCCGUGGUUGAGUAUAGUGAUCCUUACGCUGAAGAGGACCCACCGUGGGCCCCAAGGUCUUACUUGGAAAAGGUUGUGGCAAUUUAUGAUUAUACAAAAGACAAGGAAGAUGAGCUGUCCUUUCAGGAAGGAGCCAUUAUUUAUGUCAUCAAGAAGAAUGAUGAUGGUUGGUAUGAGGGAGUUAUGAAUGGAGUGACUGGGCUUUUUCCUGGGAAUUACGUGGAGUCUAUCAUGCAUUAUUCUGAGUAAAGCUCAGCAGGGCUGUCUCCCUCACAGGAAUAGUCAGGUCUUCCCAGAUUAUCAAAAGGCCCUGGGGAUUCCCCUCCAGUGAAAUGAAUGAAGGAUACAAAUGACAAAAGCUACCUUUUUUUUUUGGUUUAUCCCUCAGUAUUAAAACAAAAAAGCAAGCUUAAUUUGAACAAAUGGAUCUUUCUGCCAUCACUUAUACUAUGCUGAGCUGUUUGGAUUGAAAUAAAGUGACGGUUUCUGAAUAUAUCAGAGGUAUAACGGCGUAACUAUGUGAAACAAAUCAGGUUAAGACUGAUUCAGAAAAAAAAUCUGGGAUCUUUCUCAGGAAUAUUGUACACCCUUGGGAUUUCUCCUCCUGCGGAAUCUGUGGCACUGGAUGAUCUGCAGUGCCCGUGCUAAAGGUUAGCCGCGUGGCCCAGUGCGUGCCCAGCCCCACACUUUCUUCCACUUGUGUGAGGAGGCGGAACCAAUAUUUAAGUAUCAUACAUAACCAUUUUUGUAACUGUUUCAGAUGACCUAUUUCCUCUUCAGCACUGUAAAUUCUGCAUUUUCUCAGCACUUGAGUGCUCUGAACAAGUUAAUGUUGAGCUGACUUGCAUCCCUUCAUGUUUCUCAGUUCGUAGAUUAUGAGAUCGAUUUGUCUCCAUUCUGAGGGGGGUUUGGUCCUGCUGCUGCUGCUGCGUGAGACUGCGUUGCUGCCGAUGGCAGUGCACCCACAGGGCUGACGGUGCAGCUGGUUUCACGAGCGCAGGUGGGCGUGCCGAGGUAGACAGGAAGGCUCCUAAGGUUCCAGAGAGGUGAGCGGUGGAAGUGCCUGCUCACGAGGCAUCCUAAACCCUGGCCUUAGGUGCUGUUUUGAGGAGUAGGAUCUUAGAGGUCAGACCAACUAUUUCUUUACUUCUUUCACUAUUUAGGGAAUGAAAUUUUUUUUUUUUAAGUUAUUUUCAAUUCUCUUGAGAGCCACUGGGAAUACAAGGCUUGCUCCUGUGCUCUCUGAAUGUUAUUAAUGGCAAGUGUUAGCUACUGUUGAAUUUGUUUACUCACUUAGAAAAGAGAACUAUUCCCCUGAUUCUGUGUGAUUGGCCUUUGCAGUAGCUGCUCUUGGUGAGAAUCUGAACCUUAUAUUUCAGAUUAAGAAUAGUGGGAUGAGUGGUAUAAGGCCAAGUGCUUAUCUGAGUUUUUUUUGUUUUUGUUUUUGUUUUUAUCUGCACAAUUACAGCUUUGAAUUCAGUGGAGUUUGGAAGGCAGAUGACUUUAGUCACCUCUUCUGUAAUAAGAGAUAUUGAAAAAAAUCCAGGAGACCUGGCUAUUUGGCAGGUGAAUACUGUGAUGAUGCACCAGCUCACAGGCCAAAGCUGCCAUGGGUCCUUUCUAGUCUCAGUGACCUGGCCAGAAGAGGGCUCUGCCAGGUGACUUCCCAGUGCUGGGUGAAAGGUGAGAGCUGGCAGCUGCGUAUGUUUCAGACAUGGGCCUUGAACAUGGUAGUGCAGGUGAGGAACGUGACUGAAAAGUGAGCAAGUGUAGCAGGUGUGAGGGAGUUCAGACAGUGCAGACAGAGCUAAUACUCUACCUACGAAUCUAUUACCAGAGCACAAAACUCAUCACAUGUAACUGAGACCCAGAUACAGUGUAUCCUUAAGAUUUUUGUUUUAAAGUUGCAGGUUUUUUCCCUCACACAUUGCAGUUAGCAAAGAUUUCCCAGACACUGCAUUUCAUUUUCAUUAACUUGCCUCCAUUACACUGUAAAUUACACUUCAUACUUUGUUAGGUCACCUUGAUACCCUUAAUUUCCUGCAAUUCCCUGUCUUCCUUCAAAGUAAUGGCCCUUGAGUGUCCUCUGAGCCUUCAGCUUCAUUAUGGAUGCAACCAAGACUAUACUUGGAGAGGUUAAACUCUUCCUAGUGUUGGUGUGUAACUAGGAGAACUAUUUUGAAAUUAGAUGUUCAAAGUUAUUUAAAUAGUUUUUUGCUGAGAAAGCUUAGUGGACUAAUAAAGCAGAAGGUAUCUCAAAAUCCAGCAAAUAGUUCCCACAGCUCCCACCUUCAGAAGCCCAGAAGGCAACUGUGCAUAAAGAGUUGGUGGUGAAGAAAAAAACAGUUGGUGGUGGUCAGCUUGCCCGUGGGACCCCCUGCUGGACUGGGGAGCUGAGAAGAUUCCAGUGAAGACCUGCAGCACAGGGAUCCAUGGGUCAGCCGAUUUUCCCUAUAUUUUUUAGUACUAAUGUGUGUGUAGUUUUUUGUUUUAAAAACAACACCUGUUGGAUUUUCUUCAUAUUUUACCUUUUUUGUACAGUUUUAAAUUCUAUGUAUUGUUUUGGAAGGAUACUAUGUAAUGAUGAUGGGCCAGGCUUAAAGUCAUUGGAGACUUUUAAUAUUUCAUAGGCUGCAUGUUAUUAAUAGUCUGAGGGUAGUAUUUGUUUUAUUGUAAGUUCACCCCAUUUUUAAAUAAACAAGAUGGUUGGUAGUAGGAAUUCUAAACAAGUGCAGAAAUCUUACAUGGUACAUAGUAUUGUGGCAAAGGUGAUUCAGGUAUAAAAUCUGCUGACCAGUAAGCAACCAUUUUAUUGGGCUAGAGGAGGUCCAUUUCCUCUUGAAGUGUUUUUGACUUGUGUCUAGUCCCUUUUGCCUUUAAAAAAAAGGGGCGGGGGGAGGGAUUUGACUUAAAAGUUGUUCCCUUUUUAAAAGUAUUACUAUUGGACAGGCCAUGGGGAUUUCAAUGAAAGCAUACUUUCUUGUUGACCUUAUGACCUAGGCAAUAAAUUGAAAACCAAAAUCUUGUCAACAUGUCAAAAUCUCUAUUUGAGAGAUUGAGCCUGUUUGAAAUACAUAUUAAUCCUUUAAGGUCCAACUUGCUUUCUGUCUUCUCCGGGACACCUGCUACUUUUGCUGUGUUCCUGAGUCACUGGUGAAAUGUUUUCAUCCUUCCUUUUCCCCUCCUGUUGCUGUUUAUUACCCAGCCAGAGAGACUUUUGUGUCUUCACAGUGGUCUCUAAUGUAGCUGUGCUUUUCGGCAAUCUCAUGAUCACUAAGAUUUUUCUGAGAGGCAUGAAAACGAUAGUAGUGUGCUUUUAUCCUUUUAUGCUCCCUUUCUUUUAGCAGGUGACCAUUCUGCACUAAGAACUGGUACUUUUUCUUUAACUACCUUUCUUCCUCUGUGGAGAGAGCAUGGCAUGACCUGAAGGCCACCUCUCUCUUUGAAAAGGCUUUGAUGGAGGAGCUAGCAGGUGGUUGACACAUCUUGGAAAAGAAUGGGGAUCUGCAUCACUUCUCAUCUGUUUGCUUCUGAACUUCUUUGGCCAGAAACUCCUGAUCAGUGUUAAGGUGAUAAUUUCCCUCACAUGAUUUACUUAAGAGUUUUAGAGCUAGAUGAGAUUUCAGAAAUUUUAGUUAAGUCUUAUUUUACUGAUGAGGUUAGAUGUUUCAUUUCAGGUAACAGCUAGUUAACAACAGUAGUAGAAUCCCUGACUCAGCGCCUGGUAUUCUUUCUGCAAUUGUCUUAAUUGUGUUGUAUGUUUAUUUUAAAGUUCUACUUGAUGUCUUCAGGAAGAUACUUGAAAAGUUAACACUAUGUUUCAAUUAAUACAAUUCAAAGUGUUGUUUAAAGGAGUGUAUUGAGUGCAGCCUUAAUUAGUAAAAGUAAUCUUCAUUUUAACCCUUUUGAAACUACACUCAGUACAAAUGGUCUUUUUCAUUAGGUGUAUGUACCUAAAACGGUACAGUGUCUCAGCACUGGAAGGAGCAGCACAGCCUUAUCUGAGAGCGCCUUAGAAAACAGUUCUUGAAUGGAGGCAACGCGCUCAUUAAGUUUAUUUUGUGCUGAGCUUUGUUCCGAUUUGAGAAUCUCAUACUUUAAAAAAAAAAAAAAAUUGACAAAUAAAAUGACAGGGCCUGUGUAUAAAUGAUCCUUGCUAAAUAUCUUGUUUUUUUUUGUAAAAAAUCAAACAAAAAGCUUAUUUUCACAUUAAAAUGGAAACGUCUUUUGCAAACUUUAGAAUUCUAUGGAAAAGCAGUUUUUAUCAUAUUUUGUGUCCAUGCAUCUUUUUCUUAACAAAAGUUUACAGAAAAGAAUGUAAACAAUUUGUGAUCUGGCCAGUUGUGCUUACAGCUCCCGCGGGGAGGGCUGGUGUGACGCCUUCAGUAAAAACGAUGUAGGAAAACCUGAGGGAGCAUCUGUUGCCAGUAAUGUUUCUUGUGUGUGCCAUUAAACCACCUCCAGAUAAGUUGGGGGGACAUUUCACUUUUUAAUUUUGAACCUGUAUUUGGAAUUAAUUGUUGCUGUGUACUGAGAACUUGGCCUAAAUAAAAUCCUACAAGGUAUA